ACGCAUUUCAGUAAAGAACUCAUUUAAAUGAGGAACUGUCCUUUGUGUUUUAGCCACUUUUUGAUGGAGAAUAAGACAGAUCCCCUGCUCCCUCAUGGAGAAAAUACUGCAGAGAGUCAAUGCAACUUAGUGCCAGAGUGGGAGGAAUGCUGAACCCAGAGUCUGAGCCUACACUGUGCAGCUGCAGUGAUGUUUUGAACUCAAGAUGAUUUUCAGUCUAGAAGGUGUCCUUCCUGGUUUCUCAGGGGAUGGAAGUCCACAUCACAGGACUUUCACUAAUACUGUUUUGCCCACUUCUGUAGACAGAUCAAGCAAUGAAGAAACUACUCCUGGUUUUCACCAUUUUGCACACGUGGGUAGUGAAUGCCAGCUGGAGGAAUAAUGCCAGAGGGAAGUUUAGGAUGUAGUGGUGUACAAGUAUAUUCAUCUGCAGUCUCUCUUAUGGGUAAAUUAGCUAUUGUCUUUUGGUAUCUAAAGCUAUUGACUCUGCCACAACUCAGAUUUUCCCACAACAACAUUCUUAUAUGCAGCCCCAGUGUUAACAGGAGUAGGUGAGUUUUGCUGAAGCAGUUGGCAGAGAUCAUAUCAACUUCUGCCUCUUCCCAAAGCCACCUGCAUCCUGCUGUUGACUGUGACAUGAACUUUGUCUCUCAACAGUUGUUUACUCUUUUAAUACAACUGCCUGGAGUAGGCAAGCAGAUAAUCUUGUGUAGACUCAUAUAACCAGGACUCAGGGAUCUGGAACUCCUCACACAGGAUUCAUCAGUGACAGGGGAGGGCAGGCCAAGAGCUGGGACUUGCAGAAGAAAGUCCCCAGCACUAAAAUGCUGAGAAGAUCACACCCCACGGCUGCUGAGGGCACCAGCACAGCACAACAGACCCCAAGGGCAUCAUGGCAGGAAAAAGUCAGGGGGCAAGUUCAGGAAUAUUGUCUGGUCUGGUCUGGGAGCUCAGGAUGGUGUGAGGAAAGAGCAGGGCAGAGCUGACUGCAGGGCUGGAAAAUGCUGGCAGAAUCCCUGGCCAGCCUGAGCAGGAGGGGUACCAAGGGACAAGGCAGAAUGUGAGAAAAGCCAGCGUUCCUGCUGCCUCUUGUAGCACGUUUUGUUGUUAUUAACCUUUUUAUCUCUUUCUUCACCUGCAGAUUGUGUCCCUGAUGCUUUUUCAGCACGUAGAGUCUUUAGGGGUUUUAUGUGGAUUUUCUGUUCCAAGAACCCAUUUUUUCUGAACGUGAACCUGUGACUGGAAGCGCCCAAUUUCUUUUUAUUACCUUAAAUAAUAAUGUAAUAAACCUCUCCCUCUUCACCCGUGUUUGUCUGCCUUUCCAGUCACACUCCAGGUCGGUGCCUGAGGACUCUGCCUGUCUCUGUACCCGCUGCAGGAGCAGGCAGACCCGUUUGGCAAGUGUGACCCUGCCUGUCAGCUGUGUGUUGGACAUCCCUGGGGAGACAGCUGAGAAGACCUUGGGAAGAAAAGAACUGAAGCUGGGCGGGUCUGGGGCAGAAAAAUCAGUGAAGGAGGAACUUAGUCAUAAGAAUUACAACCACACCAAGGUAAUCAUCAGCUUCGUUAGGAGUGGCCUCGAACGAACUGGGAACCAGCAGCAGGAAAAGACUCCUGCGGGGCAGGAGAAGUGGUGCAAUCCAGUGUCCACAGCUGCUGGGCUGUCCUGAGCCCACACGUGGUGGCUCCUGGAAUUCCCUUUCAGCCAGGAGGACACUGCACUCGUGCAGAGCAGUUGCCUGGGCCUUGACUGGUGCCCAUGUUCAAAGAAGGCAGAGGUUGGAGACCUCCUUGCUUGUAGCUGAACAUGGCAGGGGAUGUGAAGAGGUUCACACGAAUGCUCCUGGAAUGCAGCAGCAAUGACAAGCUGUGUGUUGUGCGUGAAUAUCAACCUGAGGUGAUCGUUGUCCCAGUUCUCCUCGUGGGGGCUUUUGUCAUCGUGCUCACUGUGAUCCUUUGGCUCCACUGUCGAGGCUUGAGAGCAAAGCAGGAGCAACCCCCCCCACCAUCUGGAACCCAAGUGAAGACAAAGAACCAGCAGGAAUUCUGCUCAGCAGAGAAUGGCUGCAUGCAGCUGAGUGAGACAUCUGUGGAGAGCCUGCUAAAAUCUGCAUCCCUGACUCUGAAGGAGCUGCAGAUACCACGAGAGAAACUCCUGCCAGGCACCUUCCAGCUGAUAAAACACGGUGGCCGUGGGAGCAUCUACAGAGCACAGCUGGAAACUGGGAGCUCUGGGAAGACUAGGACUGUGGUGCUGAAAGCCUUACAAGGCCUGGGCAGUCCCCAGGAAGUAAAAGAUUUCCUGGGGAGGAUUAAAUUCCAUCAAGAUCUUGGCCAUCAUGAGAACCUGGUUGAGCUGGUUGGAUGUUGUGUAGACAAACUCCCACUGUAUAUGAUCAUGGAAGAUGUGUCUCUUGGUGACCUGCUGACGUUUCUGUGGAUGUGUCGGAAGGAUGUAAUGGCAAUGGAUGGGAUCCCCUAUGACCUCACUGAGAGGCAAGUUUAUGAAGUUGGACAGCAGGUUGCAGCAGCCCUGGCUUACCUUGAAGAGAAGAAGCUGUUCCAUGGUGAUAUUGCUGCCAGGAAUGUCCUCCUCCAUCCCAACUUCUCUGCCAAGCUCUGUGGUUUGGGUCUGGCCUAUGAAACCCACGCUCGUGGUGCCCCCUCGGUCACACGGGGUGUGCCAGUCAAGUGGCAGGCCCCAGAGAGGCUCCUGAGGAAGCCCCCCAGCAUCAAGGCAGACGUGUGGUCUUUUGGAAUUCUACUGUAUGAAAUGAUUACAUUAGGUGCUCCACCGUAUCCUGAGGUGCCACCUCCUGACAUCUUAUCACACCUGCAGAGACAGAACAUCAUGAAGCAGCCCUCACUCUGCCAGCAAGCCAUGUACAGCAUCAUGAAGUCCUGCUGGCAGUGGGAUGCAGCUAACAGGCCUUCUCCAGCACAGCUCCUCUGGUCCCUGAAAACAGCUCUGAAGAGCAGCAAUGGCCACACAGUUCUGCAGGUGCCUGAGCCAGUGGUGCCUGAACUCUAUGCUGAUGUUGCUGGUGUUGAUGUGCACAGUGUAGUGAGGGAAUACACCAUCCUCUGAAGGGCCCUUCCACGUGCUGGUGAAGGAGAAGUCACUUGAGUUUUCCCUUCCUAAAUAUUUUGCAAGCUCAGCAUGAGGUGUGUGUGUUGGAAGGGAUCCCUUUGUUUUUCAGACGUGUUUAUAUAUCUCAAAUCUCUCCUCCAGGCCAGACACAACAAGCUAUUAGCAUUGUUAUUAAAUCAACGUGUUGAUAUCAUUCUGCCAGUGGUCAUUUGGGAGAUAACUGUGUUUAGGGAGCUGUAGAAAAUGUAAUGAGAAGCUGGAGUUAAAGGAGUGUAUUAGGUUUGUGUGGCAAGGAUUUGGUUAUGGGGUGGACUACAGGGGUGACUUCUGUGAGAAGAGAUUCCACCUGCAGCCCUUGGAGGAGCCCAC